UGCUUUCCUUAAUCUCUCUCUCUCUCUCUCUCUCUCUCUCUCUCUCUCUACAAUUCAAAAUUCCACAGCGCCAUCUGAUAUCAAUUCUCAUCUCAUCUCACCACACUUGUUCAAAUUCCUUCUUUAACUCUGCACUCUACUUCGAGAUACAGAGACAGAGGGCGCAAUGUCAAACUAGAUUCAUUCAAGAAGAGAGUGAAGAAUCAACCAAGCCUUGAAAUUUAAAGAAUACAGUACAAGAAGAAGAAGGUUAGAGUUCAUGUUUUGGUUCAAGAUUUUUGUCGCAGAUUCGUAGUUUAAUUCCAUCCGAAGAGAAGAUUUCAAGAUCUCGCGUUGCCGGAGUUCUUCUCCUCGACAGGAUGUUGAGGGAUUUCAAAUUCCUGCGACGCAAUUCCGGGAAGAGCAGCAAUGCGGAGGAGGCGGAGAACGUGCCGAUAAACCCUAGCGAUUCUUCGACUCCCUACAUAGCCACAGAUCCCUCCCGCCCCCCCUUGAAUGCAAUUCAAGAGCCGUCUCGAAUCCCUAGAGCAAUUCCAGAACCUUCCAAGAAAGUAGAUCCAGCUCCUCUUGUUAAGCCCAAGCGGAAGUACUCAGAUACUUCGAUGGGGCUCCGAACUCCGGAGAAGCAAGGAAUUUCGAAAAACCGAUUCAGUUGGGGUCACAGGACUGAGUAUCCGCCGGCUAAUGCUGCUGCUGCGGAUGCCAAGGAGGAAGGAAGAGUAGCUUCAGUCACCAACACUCCAACUUCCAACAGAAUGGGGAGCAGAGCUAAUCAGGCUUAUUCUGAGUGCAAUUCGACGCAAAGCACGCCGUCGAAGAGUGUAAACAAGCCCCCGAAUCCAGGACUUUGUUUAGCUAGUGGUUCCAGAACUGUUCCCAGUGGAGGUGGUUCUCGGAUGCCUAACUAUGCCGCACUCUCUAAAGGAGCUUCCAGCUCUGGUAAUCCCUCCAUUGUUGUCAAUACUGUUGAGGUUCCGUAUUUCGAACUCAAGGAAGAUCCAUCGUUCUGGUUAGAACACAAUGUGCAAGUCUUGAUUCGAAUUCGACCUCUGAAUAACAUGGAGAAAAGCAGUUUUGGAUAUAAUAGGUGCUUGAAGCAGGAGAGUCCACACAGUCUCACUUGGAUUGGGCAUCCGGAGACCCGGUUUAUGUUUGAUCAUGUAGCGUGUGAAGCUAUAGACCAGGAUACACUUUUUAGGAUGGUUGGUUUGCCCAUGGUGGAGAAUUGCUUGUCUGGAUAUAAUAGCUGUAUGUUUGCCUAUGGUCAGACCGGUAGUGGGAAGACAUACACAAUGCUUGGUGAGAUUGAAGAGCUGGAAGUGAAACCCAGUUCGAAUCGUGGGAUGACCCCUCGCAUAUUUGAGUUCUUGUUUGCAAGGAUUAGAGCGGAAGAGGAAAGCCGAAGAGAUGAGCGGCUGAAGUACUAUUGCAAAUGCUCUUUUCUGGAGAUCUAUAACGAACAAAUUACUGAUCUUCUUGAACCUUCAGCCACAAAUUUGAUGUUGCGGGAGGACAUGCAAAAGGGUGUGUAUGUUGAAGAUCUGUCAGAAUUCGAGGUUCACUCAGUGGGGGAUAUUGUCCAGCUCCUAACUCAGGGUUCCUCGAAUAGGAAAGUUGCUGCAACAAAUAUGAACAGAGAAAGCAGCCGUUCGCACAGCGUUUUUACAUGUGUAAUCGAAAGUAGGUGGGAGAAGGAUUCCACCACUAACUUCCGCUUUGCCAGGCUCAACCUUGUUGACCUUGCUGGCUCUGAAAGGCAAAAAACUUCGGGUGCUGAGGGGGAACGCCUGAAAGAAGCUGCAAAUAUUAAUAAAUCUUUGUCGACUCUAGGCCAUGUAAUCAUGGUCUUGGUGGAUGUAGCAAAUGGAAAACCAAGGCAUGUUCCUUACAGAGAUUCAAGGCUGACAUUUCUGCUUCAGGAUUCUCUGGGUGGAAACUCGAAGACAGUGAUAGUAGCUAACAUCAGCCCAUCUAUCUGUUCUGCAGCAGAAACAUUGAACACUUUGAAGUUUGCUCAACGUGCGAAACUGAUUCAGAACAAUGCUGUCAUUAAUGAAGAUUCUUCUGGAGAUAUUGUUGCAUUAAAACGUCAGAUACAACUGUUGAAGGAGGAGCUUUCUGCCAUCAAACGAGAAAAGGUAUUCCGAUCACUGUCAUUUGAACGACCUGCGAUUACAGACACAAGAAACAAAGGCUUUGACGAUUGCAAUGAAAGAACAUUUGAAGAGGAUCAACCCCUUGUGUUUGGAAAAGAACAUCAUGGAGUUGUCAGAGUGUCCAGUAAACAGUUAAAGUCAUUGGAAACAACCGUUGCUGGCUCCUUGCGGAGAGAGCAGAUGGCAGAAUCUACAAUUAAACAACUUGAAGCUGAAAUUGAGCACUUGAAUCGUCUGGUUAGUCAGAGAGAGGAGGACACCAGGUGCACAAAAAUGAUGCUGAAGUUUAGAGAAGACAAAAUUCAGAGAAUGGAGGCUGUACUUGGUGGUACGAUGUCAGCAGAUGCUUAUUUGCUGAAAGAAAAUAGUGCACUUACAGAAGAGAUUGAGCUCUUGAGAGCAAGAAUUGAGAAGAAUCCUGAAGUGACACGCUUUGCCCUUGAAAACAUCAGGCUUUUAGAGCAAGUCCGGAGGUUUCAAGAUAUGUAUGAUGAUGGGGAAAGAGACUUGUUGCUGAAUGAAAUAUCGGAAUUGCGAAAACAGCUUAUUGUCGUCCUCGAUGGAAAUUCAAAGCAUCCUCCUAAUCAGCACGAGGCAAAGGGGAGUCGUUCAAAUCAUGAAGAAUUCCACAAUAGUUCAUUUCAUAAGGAGCAGUUGACGAAAGCUCUUUCUGAGUUAGAGGAGAGUAAGAACAAAUUAAGUUGUUGUCUGGAAGACAAUGCAAAGCUCAGGCGGGAAUUAAAGGAGCUGCGCGAUGCCUCGUUAAGUGCUGUUGCAUCUGCAAAUCAGGAUCAUGAUUGCAGUGCAGAAGUUAUAAAGGAGUCUAUAGUGGAAGUUCCCUCUUUCAGUAAUCCAGAAAAAAUGGCUAUCCCACAGGAGGACAGAGGAGCAGCAUAUGGAGAUCAUAAGACCAAAAAUCUCCCAAAGCAUGCAGAAGAGAUCAUGGAUUUACAGCUGGAGCUCGAUAUCCUCAAAGUUAUUCUUCAGGAAGAGAAGACAUAUCGUGCUGAAGCUGAGGAAAUGGUGAAUUCUGUUAACAGGGAACUUCAGUUGUCCAAAGAAAAGAUUAUGGAUAUAACCAAACAGCAUGAGAAAGUCCAGGAAGAGCUCAGAAACACAAAGCUGAUUUUUGAGGCUCUUGAGUCUCAACAUAUUCAAGCAAUUAAUGAAAUAGAAGAUCUCAAGAACUCCAAAGAUCGAUUUGAAGGAUUGCUGAACGAGAAGGAGCUGGAAAUUUCGAAGCUAAAGGAGCAAAGCGAUCUCUCUUUAUGUAGAACUUUGGCGAGUCAGGACUCUCCUUUGGAAGCAAAGUUGAAGAAGAUGCACGAUUCUCUUGAAAAAGCCAAGAAACUGAACAAGCAGUAUCAAGAUGAACUUGUCUUGCAAGUAUCAGCUGAUGAAGAAUUGGAGGAAGCUCGCAGACAGGUCGAGGCUGAAACUGCACAGGUCAUUGUUUGCUUGCAGGAAGAGCUCUCUGCUCUUCAGCAGGAAGUUCUCGAUAGUAACAUGAAGGAGACAGGCACAAGAGACAGGUUGACGCAAGUGGAAACUCAAAUGACUGUAAUGGAGGAAAGUUUACGUGCAAGAACUGAAGAAAAUGCAGAGCUAGCUGCAAUUCUUGAAGAGAAAGAUAGGGAGUUAAAGAAGAUGAUGGAAGAAUGUGAUUCGAUAGCCACUGAAAUUGAAGCUAUUCUCACUGGCGGGCAUGAGGCUGUUGAAGAUACUGCAGACCAAACUGAUGCCGGUUCUGAUUCAGCUACUCACAAUCAAUGCCGGAUAUCUGAACCAUUUGAAAGGAUGAGAAAGUAUGUUUUCGAAAAGGAGGUAUUGAUAGAAGAACUGAAUCGAUGCCUGAAGGAUGCAGUAGAUGGGAAGAAUGAUAUGGAGUGCAUGCUGAGGUCUUUGAGAGGGGCGGCUUUGGCCAUGACUGAGACACACCAACUGGAGUGCACAGAAAAGGAGAAUGAAAUCAUCCUUUUAAAGUCUGAGUUAGAUGACAAGAUAUCCACCAUUAAAGAACUUCAGUGCUUAAAUCAGCAUGGACAGGAUGAACUCAAAAAGGCAUCAACUUGUGCUACAGCAGCUUUUGUGAUUGUGAACCGAUUGUGGGAGUUGAAUGCUACCAAUCAGGGAUCUUUGCAUGAUAAGGAAGUUCAGAUUCAUGAGUUAAGUGAAAUUAUUAUGGAUAAAGAUACAACUCUCCAGAAUCAGGCUCCGAUGAUUGAAGAAGUAAAUAAGAAGAUUGAUUCUCUCCAAAUGAAACUAGCAGCAUCGGAGGAAUAUUGCACUAAAUUAAGAAUGGAGUUGGCUGAGGAGCACGAACAAUUUGAAAAGAAUGAGGAGAGCAACAUACUAGAAGCCAAAGAAAGACUGAAGGAGUUGCAUUCUGGAGUCUCAACAUUGAAGUCUUUCAUGGCGGCCGAGCAUGCAAAACAGCAUGGUGAUUUUGAGACAUGUGUCUCUACCAAUGACGAGCGCGAAUUAGGGACAGGUAGCAAACCAGCAAAAGACUUAAAUGAGACAGCCUCGUGGAGGAGCAUUGGGGAUGUGAAAAUGAAAGACUCGAUUAAAAAUGAUAUCAAUUCGGUAUCUGAGAGUACCACCAUCGAGGGUGCUAAUGGUAGAGAUGCUGAUAUAAUUCUUUUGAAGAAAGAGAUUGAAUGUGCUCUCGGGAGCUUGCAAUUCUUGCAAGCUGAGACGACUACUCUACAAGCGGAGAAAGAAGAGAUCUUGGCAUCCGAGAAAUGCAGUCGCCAGGGCAUCAGGUCCUUGAUCAAGCAGGCAGUUUUUCUCCAAGAUUCCAUGGUUAAUUUUGAACGUACAUUGGAGCUCAAAGUCAAUGCUAUGGAUGUCAAGAUGAACAAACUUGAAGAAAUAGUUCAAGAAUCUUUAGAUUCCUGGUCUCAUCAAACAGAGCUCCUUGAAGAUGAACUUGAUGCUGCUAAAGUGGUGGCUUCCCAGAAAAUCAUCGAAGCAUCGUGUGUCUUUGAGAAAUUUGAGGAAGCUCAAGACACAAUGAAGGAAGCAGACAUUAUGGUUAACGAAUUGCUAAAAGCUAACGAAGACUUGAAGCUUAGCAUUCAGGAAUUGAAAGCAAAAGAAAAAAACUUGACUCGUGAGAGAGAACAACUUGCAAAAGAAGUUGAAAGCUUGAAGCUCUCAAGUGAAUUGAACGAGCAGAAUUACGUGAAGCUGGAGAAGCAGUACGACACCGAUCUUGUCUCCAUGAAGAGCAUGCUGUCAGAACUAGAAGAUGUUCUGUCGGAGUUCCAGAUCACUUCUUGCGAAGAAUGGAAGUCUAUUUCAUCUGAUUUCCUAAGUGUAAAGUCCCACGUUCAUAAUUCAACCGCGUCGAUCAAGGCCAUGCUCGAAGAGAUCUGGUCGGAGAUUAUUGUCAAGGAUUGCGCCGUGUCCGUCUUACAUCUCUGUCACAUGGGAAUUCUCUUGGAAACUGCAAAUGGAUUGAAUGCAGAAAAUGGUCUUCUCCACCAUGGAUUAUGUGAGUCAAGCUCAGUUAUUUCCGAACUCCAGGGUCACAAUUCGAGAACAUGCAAAGAGCUUGAGAUGUGCAGAGCUCUUAAGGGGAAGCUAUUAGCUGAUAUCAUGAAAGGUUUCAAUCAAAUCUCAAGUAAAGUCGAUGAAGACGGCGAGAUGACCCUCAAGCUCACCUCUUUCGAAAAGAAGGUGCAAGAUUUAUGUGUUCUUGAAGAGGCAAUGCUGCAAAGGUCCAACGACAUGGGAUCUGAGCUCUCUGCGCUAAUGAAGGAGCUCGAUAUCAGUAACAAGAAUGCAAUAGCAUCUAUACUGGAUCAAGAGAGACUCCUGGAGCAGAAAGACGAAUUGCUGCAGUUGCAGGAAGAGAAUUUUGCCGUCGAAUCAUCUGCUAAAGAUUUCGAAUUGUUAGUCCUUUCGAGUGAACUCAGGCAGAAGUCUCUUCUGAAAUGUGAUUUAGAGAAUUCCUACAUUGCCACUUUCGAAAGCUUAAAACAGGAUACAGUUUUCAAGAGCAUAGAAGCUGAUUCCAUGGAGUUGAUAUUGCUUGACAAGGAAUCUGAUCUUCGAACUUCUCAUGAGAAAAUGCACUGCUUGCAGAAUAAUGCGUGUCUGCAGGAAAAAGAGUUAUGCAAGCUCCGAGCCGAGCUGGAAAAGAAAGACGAAGAGCUCGAAAGACUAAGUUGCAUUGAGAAGGAGAAUGGAGCACUUCAGGAUCGUCUGAACGACAGCAUGAUAGAGUGUCCUAGACUGAGAGAGAACAUUUCAGUAUUGGAGAAUAGCAUUGCCAAGUUAGAAGAGGAUCUAAACUUGGCGAGCGUUAAAAUCGAAUCGCUCGAGCAUUCUCGCGCUGUUGUCGAAGACGGUUUGUGCUCAACGACGCAGGAUCUACAACGGAAACUGGAUGAUAUGAAUUCUUUGAAGGAGGAAAAUAUGUUACUGAGGAAACAACUUGGAGCUCAUCAGGUACAUGAGUAUGAACACCUCAAUGCACUAAACUCGAAGCUUUCGAGGAAUGUUGAUUUAGUCGAAAAUGCUGACGUUGCAAGCUGCAACACAGUUAAUCUGAUUAAGGAAAAAAUCACUGAGGUCGAUAAUAAGUUUCAGAAGAUCGUCAAUGAAAUGGGGAUAACUGAUGAGAUCUUGGAGCAGUUCGAACACCUAGGGAGUCUUGCUAUGCAGUUGGAAUCUGAAGUUUCGUCUCUUCGGAUGGAGUUGUCGAGAAAGGAUGAAGUUCUUAAAGGAUUGUUAUUCGAUUUGAGUCUGCUGCAAGAGUCUGCAUCGAAUAGUAAAGAUCAGAAAGACGAGAUGGAAGAAUUGACAGUGUCUUUAAGAGCAUUAGAAAAAGAUUUCGAAUUGAAGUCGGUGGAAUUGGAAAAUGCCGUUGCUGAUUGUCGAGCACUCGAAGCUAAGCUCCAUGAACAGGAAGAAAGGGCGGCUUCUCUCGAAUCAUAUCGUGGAAAAGAUCACGAGACGAUAGAUUCACUAACCAGGAAGCAUGCUGAGCUUUUAGCUGCUGCAGAAGAAGCCGCAGAUGCAAGGGAUUCCACGGCGAAGGAAUUGGACGAAAUGACGAUCAAAACGAAGAACUUAGAGGCCGAGCUUUGUAAAAUGGAAAAUGCUCUUGCUCGAAUGAACGCAAUGACUGAAUCACUGCAGAGCAAACUGGAUGCAGUUGCCUCUCAGAGGGAUGAAUUGGAUGGUGAAGUUCUUGCUUUGUCGGAGGAGCUCGAGAUCGUACGAGCUCGAGCUGAAGAGAACGAAUCACUUGUGGUAGAAGCUCAAGAGGCGGCGGAAUUUCAGAAAGUCUCAGCUGAAGAAAAAGAGGAGGAAGUGAAACUAUUAGAACGGUCCAUCGAAGAGCUCGAAUGUACCAUAAACGUACUCGAACAAAAGGUCGACAUUGUCAAAGGAGACGCAGAAAGACAACGAUUGCAGAGAGAGGAACUCGAGUUGGAGCUUCUUAACGUCAAAGAACAAAUGCAGAGCGUCGAAAACAACGAUUCUGAGAUGAAACGAAUUCUCGACGAAAAAGAGCGAAACUUGCAAGAAUCACUUCAACGCGUACAGCUUCUCGAGAAGGAAAUAGCUGCAAGAGAUCUCGAGAUGUCACAAUGUAAAGCUCAUAUUUGCGAACUAAAUUUGCACGCUGAAGCUCAGGCUAACGAAUACAAGCAAAAGUUCAAGGCAUUGGAAACUAUGUUAGAGCAAGUCAAAUACGAAGCUCCUGCCGCAACUUCAUCGUCAAACAAGUUGGAAAGGAACGGUUCGAAUUCGAAGCCUAGAGGCUCAGGAUCGCCCUUCAAAUGCAUUGGGUUGGGAUUAGCGCAGCAAAUUAAAUCCGAGAAGGACGAAGAACUCACCGCUGGCAGGCAACGGAUCGAGGAGCUCGAGGUUCUCGCAUGCAGCCGGCAAAAAGAGAUAUUCACUCUCAAGGCCCGAUUGGCUGCCACCGAAAGCAUGACACACGACGUGAUUCGGGAUUUGCUUGGCGUAAAACUGAACAUGAAGAACUACGCUAACAUGAUUGACAAUCAGCAGCUGCAGUCAUUAGUCGAAGGGAAUAAACAGCUCAACAUCGAAGACGAAGUAAAGCAACAGGAAAUCGCGAAUCUGAAGCUGCAAAUAAACGAGUUUGUUAAGGAGAAGAACGGAUGGUUAGAAGAAAUCGAGAGAAAACAAAGUGAACUAAUGGCUGCACACGUCGCGCUCGAAAGACUUCGCCACCAAGAUAAACUACUCGCGACGGAAAAUGAAAUGUUAAAGGUCGAGAACGCCAAUCACAAGAAGAGAGUGAUGGAGCUCGAGAUCGAAGUCAAGAAACUCUGCGGCCAACAGAAUAUCCAACAACGAAUCCAUCAUCACGCGAAAAUAAAGGAAGAAAAUAAUUCAUUGAGGCGUCAAAACGAGGAUCUAAGCAUUAAGCUACGUAAAACCGAGGCCAUUCUUGGUCGAGUCAAGGAUGAGCUGGCUCAGUUCCGCGCAGCGAAUGGCCGGAAUCCUUGCAUUGAUUUCGACGGGGAGCAGCAGUUGGACGAGAAGUUGAAGGAAACCGAAGAGGAGCGGCUGCAGUUAGCUCAAAAGCUACUCGGCCUUUGUACUAACGUACUAAAGGCUGCUGGCAUUACAAAACCGGCUGCGACGAUGUCUGAUAUAAGUCCGGCCAUGGCUGAGGAAGCGCUCGAACACCUCAAGAAUAAGGUUGUCGCUUUAGAAAUGGAACUUGAAGACGUCAAGCUUAAGAAUAGGAUAUCGGAGGAAAGAAUCAGAUUGUCUGAGCUGAGGCCGCAAACUUCUUUGUUGUCGCCAGAAAUGAGCUCAAGAGGAGAUGACGGCGACGGCGAUCACCGGAGUCUUGGUCGACCGUCGCAAGCAUUUCUCUCUGAGCUGGAUCGAUGAAAAUGAUCGCUGAUCUGUUGUAGACACAUAUAUAUAUAUAUAUAUAUUUGUGUAUGUACAGAUGAAGAACAACCUACACAACAAUGUUCGUUGUAUGUAUAAAUGAUUUUUUUGACAAUGCAAGAGAAGUUCAUCAUCUUCGCCCACACGUUGUAAUGAAAAAUUCUGUAUUGGUUGUGUUGCUGAUUGAUUGGCUAGCACGUGCUAUAUCAUCAGUAU